AUGACUGGCAGGGCCGCCACGACGGAGAUGGCCAUGGCUCCUGGCAUGUCUAUGAUGGAGAUGGCUCCUAGCAUGGCCAUGGGCGCUGGAAUGGGGAUGGCCCCCGGGCCCAGCAUGGCCAAGAAGAUGCCGGCAAUACUGACCACUGUUCCCUCCAGCUGCAUGAAGGUCUCGUCAUCAUCUGUCGCCUCCACCGGCCGGCGCCUGCAGGAGGAUGGCAUGAUGAUGAACGGCACCCACCACAUCUCCCUGUCCUCCCAGACUGUCCACUGGGGCUACUUCUACGGCGCGGUGGCUCCGGCAGCGGUGAUAAUGAGUGGGGAUGAGGUAAUGGUGGAGAUGGCAACUCAUCACGCGGGUGAUGACUACGAGAAGAUGGUCAAGGGCGACUCCGGCAUGGAGGACGUCUUCACAUGGACCCAGUCAAAGAUGAAUGUCCCCUUCCGCGGCCGCACCGGUCACGGAGAUGGAGUGCACAUCCUGACCGGCCCCAUCUAUGUGUGCGGUGCGGACGCCGGCGAUGUCCUGCAGGUGGAGAUUGUUGACCUGGUGCCUCGCGUGAAUCCCAGCACUGGCAAGACCUACGGCAGCAAUGCAGCCGCCUCCUGGGGCUACCAGUUCCGCGCGGGUUUCUUGGACGGAGUGAAGCGCGAGGUGAUCACCAUCUACGAGCUCAUCAAGGAUGCCAGCAACAAACUCCUCUACGCCGUGCCCGACUACCAGUUCAGAUACAACGACCCUGCCAAGGGCUAUGUUGGCCCCGUAACUGCCUGCACAGAGACCUACGGAACGCUGCCCCGCGCCGAAAACGGAGUCUACGAGUGGAACAACUACGACCGCACCUACAGAAAGCAGAACGUUGUGCCCUGCGUGAACGGCAGUCAGACAUGGCAGGGGUAUUGGUACCCGGGCAUCGUCACCACCCACCCCACCAAGACUGAGGACUACAGCAUCCGCGGCAAAUUCAAGGUGCCCAUCAACCUGCACAUCGGCAACAUGGGCCUGGCGUCUUCCUACCCCGGCACAGUGGACUCGGUCCCCCCGGCCAUCCACGGAGGGAACAUCGACGAUCGCCGCAUCGGCAAGGGUGCCACCAUGUACUACCCCGUGCAGGUGCCGGGCGCUCUGCUGUCUCUGGGAGACGCGCACACGAGCCAGGGGGACAGCGAGUUGGACGGAACCGCCAUCGAGACAUCGCUGACUGCCACGCUCAAGAUCACGCUGCAUAAGAAGGGCUCUCUGCCCAAAAUGGUCUCCAAGCUAAACUUCCCGCUGCUGGAGAACGCCAACGAAUUCGUCGUCCACGGCUUUACCAACAAUGACUAUCUGAAGGAGCUCGCCAACCCCUUCGCAGAUGUCUACGCCAAGUCCAGCCUGGACAAGGCAAUGACAGUCGCCUACAACAACACCAGGGACUUCAUUAUGACGGCCUUUGACCUGACAGAGGAUCAGGCCAUCACAGCCAUCACUGUCGGCAUGGACUUUGGCAUUGACCAGGUGGUGGAUGGCAAUUGGGGCAUCCACUGCAUCGUGCCCAAGUGGAUGUUCAACAUGAGCGACAUGACCCCCUACACGCCAACCGUGAUGUCUGGAACCUCCAAGGCCGCGACCACCACUCUUCAGACCUCUCUGUAG